AUCACAUCCAUCCAACGGUCGUCCCAAGCCACAGCCGCACUCGCUGCACUGAGCACAGACCUGCACGCAUAUAUUUCUGAAUUGGGUUUGGGCAUACCGUGUGCCUUUGAUGUAGUGUGUUGGGUGACCGAAGCCCUUUCAAAGCUGCCAGCGCUCGAGCCCCAGCCAGUACCCCGGGAAGGCACCGCCAUAGAAUCAGGUUUAGGGCUGCGGCCCAGCCCCGAUUCCGAGGGAGAAUUGGAACGGCAGUGGAUCUACUUUAUUGGCUUCUACACCAAAUCCAUCCGGGCCGAGUUUUGCCAGGCCGCGGCGAGUAUCGGCUGCACCGGGUUUCUCAUGCCGGGGAAACCAGCCGUAGCUGCGGUAGAGGGCACCCGCCAACAGAUAGAUCGGUUCCUGUAUACCACACGUACAGAAACCUUCGCCCAAGUGGCACCCAGUAUGCGCAAGAUGCAGGUUACGUUACUAGACAGAGACGUGGAGAGGGUGUUUGAGGGGUUUGAUGAGUUGGUUAUGGCCCAUGGCGGACAUAAGCGGAAGGAUAUAUCGGACCUGUCUAGUUUGCAGAAGAUGCUGGAGGAGAAGGGCAUUGGGCAUGCGUUCGAGUUUAUCUUCAAUGCCAAUACGAAAUAGAAUCUCGGAACGGAUAUUGAUAAUAGACCAUGGAACGGACCUUAAUAGUAGACUCGCGGAACGGAUAUUAAUAAUAGACCACGGAACAGAUGUUAAUUUUUCAAGGACAUCUGUGAGGCACCAGAUAAAUAAAUAGAGGACUGGGUCUGGAGCCGAGCCCAGGUAAUCCUUAGCUAUUGGUAGGAUGUAGUUGUGUCUUCACUAAGUAAUGGUUACAGAUCUAUAGUAACUGUAAGACUGAACCUAUUACUAAAGGUUUAUGUUACAGCUAGCAGUAGCACUGAUUGCUAUGCGUGGGUU